AAACGCAUCAAAAGUUUUCGAUAAUACACACAAAUGGAUCACAAAACCCACAUAGCCAUUUUCCCAAGCCCUGGGAUCAGUCACCUGAUUCCCUUCAUAGAGUUAGCCAAACGCCUAGUUUCUCACAACAACUUCCACGUUACAUGUCUCCUUCUCACCACCACCGACGACUGCAACGCCCCAUCUCCGGCCAAGACGGCCAUCCUCGACUCCCUACCCGCCGCCGUCGACGCCGUCUUUCUUCCUCCGGUCAGCUUCGACGACCUUCCUGAAGAUUACAGUUCUGCACUCAAACUCACCCUCACCGUAACUCGCUCCCUCUCUUCUCUCCAAACAGCGUUAGAGUCUCAGCUUUCUCCACUCUCAGCUUUCAUUGCCGACCCCUUUGGUUUUGAAUCCUUGGAAGUCGCCAAAGGGUUAAACGUUCCGUCGUUUAUUUUCUUCUCUACAAACGCCAUGGCUUUGUCCUUGUUCGUCCACUUGCCGAAGCUCGAUGAAGAAGCCGCCUCUGUUCGGUUCCUGAAAGACCUACCCGACCCGGUCAGACUACCCGGCUGCGUACCUCUUCAUGGUAAGGAUCUGAUAGAGCCGCUCCAAGACCGGGAAAGCCAGAGCUACGAGUCAUUUUUGAAAAUCUCGAAAGGACUAUAUUUGCCGGAGGGUAUACUCAUCAAUAGCUUUCUGGACAUGGAAUCCGAAGGAAUAAAAGCUUUGGAAGCCAAUGAAGGAAUGCCACGUAUCUUUCCGGUUGGACCAAUCGUUCAAAUUGGGUCAAGUGACGGAUCAGAGUGUUUGACUUGGCUGGACCAGCAGCCACGUGGCAGUGUGCUAUACGUUUCGUUCGGUAGCGGUGGGACCCUAUCGAGUGAUCAGCUGACCGAGCUGGCAUUUGGGUUGGAGAUGAGUGGCCAGAGGUUCUUAUGGGUUACGAGAAAGCCAAACAACGAAUCUUCAAGCGGUGCCUUUCUCAAAGAAGGUGGUGAUCCGAGCCAAAAGAUCGAGUCUUUUGAUUACUUACCAGAUGGGUUUUUGGAGAGAACGAAAGGGAGAGGUCUGGUUGUGCAGUCAUGGGUGCCACAAGCUCAGGUCUUGAGCCAUGGCUCGACGGGUGGGUUCGUGAGCCACUGCGGUUGGAGCUCGGUUCUUGAGAGCGUUGUGAAUGGGGUACCGCUCAUUGCGUGGCCACUUUACGCUGAGCAGAAAAUGAAUGCGGUUAUGCUCGUGGAUGGGCUGCAAGUGGCGCUGCGGCCGAGAGCUGGAGAAAACGGCGUCGUUGGACGGGAUGAGGUUGCCAGAGCUGUGAAGGUGUUGAUGGAGCAGAGUUGUGAAGAGGGUAAGAAAGUUGGGAACCGUAUGAAUGAGCUGAAAGAGGCUGCUGCUGUGGCACUCGGCAAAGAUGGUUCUUCCACUCGAGCACUGUCGGACUUGGCAUCUAUGUUUGAGAAAUAAGCUAUCCAAUUAGAAUACAAUUAUGUGUUGAGAUAGUGUCCUGUGCUUUCAAUAUAUUACGCCAAUAGAGAAUAAGAAGUCUUUUUAAUAAAUCUUCUAAACAAUAAAAUAAAAUUAGUGAUGUUAUUUGUUAUAUUAAGGUUUUUCUAAUAAUAUAGAUGAGAAGACAUUCUAUUAUU